AUGCAUUACUUGCUCUCAGAUGUCAUUGAUGUUAACAAUUUCGACUUCUUUUUUUCUCCCUCGCUUCCUCCCCCCCCCUCCCUCCUAAAACGAUUUCAGGUCUUCGACUUUGCCUUGACGAAGGAGGAAAUGGAAAUACUUAAUACAAGUGGUCGAAACAUUCGUGCCUUCAUUGCGGAAAUGUAGGUUUAUUUUCGUCCACUCGGAGUCUUUAACUCGCUGUUUUUCCAGGGCAAUUGGUCAUCCGGAGUAUCCAUUCGACGCGGAAUUUUAG